AUGUCGAGCCCCGAUUAUGCCAUACUCACCGAGCACUUUGGUUUCCCGCCCAUAGCGUUGAUCGACGACGUGAUAAAUGCGGUCAAUCUGAUUAUGUACAGGUGUACAGAUGGUAUGGAGAAGUACCUACUUGGAAGACAAGAAAAAAGGAAACAAGAAUUGUUGAAGACAAAGGAUUUGGAUGAAGAUGUAUUGAUGGAAGACGCGACACUCAACAAUCAAAGCGGCGAGCAUGUACCUUCCAAAGACGAGAUCAAGUUGGGCACUGCAAAGCUAGAAACAUUACUAGAGACAGAGAUCUCUAAGAAUUUUGAUAAGUUUGAAUUGUAUUGCCUCAGGAAUCUUUUCAGUAUACCGAAGGAGCUUAUUGACAGUGGGAUGUUCCGCCUAAGUCAUCACAAGGGCAUAGACUUUGAGAAAACUGCAAAGGGCAAAUCAAAUCCCAGUGCUGAGUUGGAUGCCCAGAUCGAAUCUCUACUUAAAGACAUUCAGUUUGAGUUGCACUUGCGUAAAAUCCUCAAGCUUCAAAUAGUCAAGGCCAAAAAGUUGGUGGCACUUUUGGAGCAAUACAAGGGAAUAUUUAAAUUCCUAAAAACUCCAGAAAAUCCUGCUACUGCUGAUCUAUUGAAGGCAUUGUCGCCAUUGGAUGAAAACCUCUUCUACUUGUUGGAACAAGCCAAUGAGUUAUUUGCAAUGGUUCAAAAGAUUCAGUUCAAAUUGGGAAACAGGGUCGAAGUGGGGGGUAUUAAGGACUUGAAGUUGUACCCGUCAGCGAGAGCGAAGUACUUGAAUGGGAAGAGCUACAAAUUACUAGAGAGCAUUGGUGUACUAGAAAAUGAAAACAGGGAGGAGUUACUAGAGGUGAUACACGGAGAAAUCCAAGCUGAGUCUACCAGCAGCAGCAUACCGAAGGAUCCCAUAUUAGUAACAAAUGAAAAAGACUUGGAAGAUGCAAAGCUGAUAAACACAGAAAUCCGGAACGUGGAAGAGAGAAUCGAGGAGACAAUGCAAGGAAUUGAGGAUGACAUACUCCUUCUAGAAUCCGAAUAA